UCUGCUUAUUUUGAAAAGUGUCUUCAAUCAAAUAUUGUUGUUUACAUCUAACAUGAUUGUGCCUUUAAACAUAAUUCAAGUUGAAAUGAAAUAAUUUUUAAUUGUCAUUCCGCUGUUUAAUAUUUUAGAGAUGGGAUUUUAAAUAAUUCCUGACUGUAAUGAGUAAAAGCACUAUUUCUACCAAUUGUUGAAACAAAUUGGCGAACUACAGAUGGAAGACAAUCAGGCUCCUUCAGAAACUUCUGAUAAACCAAAGUAUGAGAAAAAAUGUGAAAGAGAAUUCAGAAAGUUAUUAGAAAGCGGAAACCACAAAAACAAUGGUAAAACAUAUUGCCAAAAGAAAUUUGUUUUUUCGGGAAAUGCUAAAAAGAAGCUUAAGUAUGGUGAACAAAGUACUUGCAAGGAUCCAGAAUUUCCUAUUCAUAUGUCUGAUUGUGAAAACAGCAGUCAUAAAAUAAAUUCAGUGUCUGCAAAAUGUACCAGUAAUAAAGACCUGGAUUCUCUGUUUGAAAUACUGACUCAUGAGCACAAACCUGAAACAAGAUGCCAAAGUGUCAUCAAUUUAGCCAUUUUGUGCUCAGAGAACUUGUCAAGUGUGCAGUUAUCUACCAUUUUGAAUGCCUUACAUCAUCUGUCCAAUAGUCAUGAAUCUGAAGUUCUUGCUAUUUCUUAUUCUGUAUUGCUAUUUACCCUUUCGAAGAAUACCUUGAAUUUAGAUCAAAUAAUAUAUUUGGAGGAAACUAUCUUAAAACUUGCAGAAUCUGUGUUGUUAAACACUAAUGAGCUUGGAAAUGAAUCAAUUGUUUCCAAAUUGAGUUCCCUAAGAGGAGAAGAGUACCUUUCAGCUAUCAAAUUGUGUCAAGAACUUUUUUCUAGGAAAAAUAUUGAUUUUGAUGCAGUUGAUGUUCUCACACUGUGCUGCUCAUCUCUGAGAAAUUUAUCGUGCAAUAAAAUUGGAGAGAAAUACAAGUACAAACCUAGUACAUUGAAUUUCAUCCUUGGGAUGACUGGGAAAGCCACUCAAGAAAUAGUCUCAGAAAAUCUUGUUGCUGAUGAAGAAGGUGAUACAUCAGCAGUUGUGAGUGCUCCCUCACAUAUGGUCAAUCAGUGUUUACAAAUUUUGGAGCAUAUGUUGACUGUAGAUCCAGACUUGCCUUGCAGAACAUUAGAUCAUGAAGAUUUUUCUUUGCUUCAUUGCCUUACCAGGUUGUUUGGAUGGUGCAUGUCAUUUCUUUUCCAAAAAAAUCCUUUGGAUGAAAAUCAUCUUCGAAAAGUGGAGAAAUCAUUGUCAUCGUUCCAUCUUGCCACAUUACUCUCUAUUUUAAAAAUUUUAUCUAUUUUAUCUUUUAAUCCAGAUCAAUAUGAUACUUUUACAAAUAUAAAGGGACUCAUGGAAAAAGUAAUGAUUUGUAUUUUGAAGGCAUAUUAUCAGUCCGAGGAAAAGCAUUUUGAUAUCCUUGUUCUUGCAUUAGAAUUAAUGAUAAACUUCUUCAUGAAGAAUAAGAAAACUUUUGUAUUGCUGUGCCUCAAGAAAUUUCAGAUCAAUGGCUGUGAGAAUGUUCAUUCAAUCGAAGCUUUAUUAAAGAUUCUUACAAACAGUUUGGACAAGAUAAAUGAAAUUAAAGCUAGAUCUUUAACUCGAGAUGCAAAUGGUGAAGAAAAUGGUGGUAAUGGUAAUCCUGAUGAUGCUGAUAUGAAAUCAGUUUUGGAAGCAGCGGAUGAAGAUAUGGAGCUUAGCACAAUUGUGUCUUUUAUAAGUAUUUUAUUGGCAUUUUUUAUGGAUACAAAAAUGAGUUUUGUUGAGUUUAUUCGUGAAAGACUCUCUUCAGAAAAAGCAAAUGAAGCUGUUACUGUAUCAAAAAAAGUUCUGCAGUUUGCUUCCAUUACUGGUGGUAUGCCAGCAACUGGUAUUUUAUUGUUAAGACAUGCUAUUAGGAAAUUAGGCCGAUUAUAUCUCCCAACAUGAAUUUUAAUCUGCUGUAAAAAGGCUGUAUCAUCUAUAUUAUAUAUCAUUAUUUGACUGUGUUUUGUAUGUGUGUGAUUUAUUAUAUAGUAAAAAAUUACAAUUUCUUUGAAA